CGGAUGAGUGAGUCCAAGUAGGCGGCCAAUGAGUGUGGGUGCUGAGGGUGUCGCGGCUUUGCUGCUGGCUUUGGGCGCGGGGAUGAGUGGGCACGCGGGCUGCCCGGCCAUUCGGCGCUGAGGCGCCGCCGCCGCCGCACGGAGACGUGCCGAGGACGCCGCGACCCAUGGGCUUGUCACGGUGCACUUCUGGAGUCGAAGAAACCGUCUAGCGCAAAACAAAAGGUAGCCACACACAGCUUUGGGUUCACUGAAUUAUGGAAAUUUUGUGGAAGACGGUGACUUGGAUUUUGAGCCUAGUCAUGGCCGCUUCGGAGUUUGACAGUGACACAAGGCUUUCUUACAGUUCUCAAGAGGAAUUCCUUUCUUACCUUGAACAUUAUCAGCUAACGGUUCCUGUCCGAGUGGACCAUAACGGAGAUUUCCUGAACGACAGUGGGAAAAACUAUAGGCAUUCAAGGCGAAGGAGAAGUUCGGAUGUUACACCCCGAGAUCCAACCGAUUCUAAAUUAUUUUACAGACUGUCCGCCUAUGGAAAGCACUUUCAUUUAAACUUAAAUUUAAACACUAAAUUAAUCUCCAGACAUUUUAUCGUAGAAUAUUGGGGGAAUGAUGGUCCAGAAUGGAAACACGAUUUUAUUGAUAACUGCUAUUACGUGGGAUAUGUAAAACAUGAGCACAGCACUACAAAAGUGGCUUUAAGCAACUGUAAUGGUCUGCAUGGUGUUAUUGUAACAGAAGAGGAUCAGUAUUUCAUUGAGCCAUUACAGAAUAUAUCUAAGGACAAUAACAGUGACUUUACAUAUAGCGAAGGCCACCCUCAUGUUGUUUACAAGCGUUCCUCCAUUCGACAAAGGCACCAUACCAACAUGUCAAACUGCGGAGUUCCAGACCACACACGAAGAAGAAAGCCUUGGUGGUUAAAUGAUCUCUCAGCUGUUCCAACCUCGUUGCCAAAUAACAAAACUACAAAUAGUCCCCAUCGACAAAAGAGAUCAGUAAGCCUUGAACGCUUUGUGGAAACUCUGGUAGUGGCAGACAAAAUGAUGGUGGGAUACCAUGGUCGUAAGGAUAUCGAACAUUAUAUUUUGUCUGUAAUGAAUAUUGUUGCCAAACUUUACCGUGAUUCCAGUCUAGGAAAUGUUGUGAACAUUAUUGUCACUCGACUGAUUGUUCUUACUGAAGAUCAGCCAAACUUGGAGAUAAAUCAUCAUGCAGACAAGUCCUUGGACAGCUUCUGUAAAUGGCAGAAAUCCAUUCUUUCUCACCAAAAUGAUGGAAACACCAUUCCAGAAAAUGGGAUUGCUCAUCAUGAUAAUGCUGUUUUAAUUACUAGGUAUGACAUCUGCACCUAUAAAAAUAAGCCUUGUGGAACGCUGGGCUUGGCCUCAGUGGCUGGAAUGUGUGAGCCUGAGCGAAGCUGCAGCAUCAAUGAAGAUAUUGGCUUGGGUUCAGCAUUCACAAUUGCACAUGAGAUUGGUCACAAUUUCGGCAUGAACCAUGAUGGAAUUGGAAACUCCUGUGGGACGAAAGGUCAUGAAGCAGCAAAGCUCAUGGCAGCUCACAUUACUGCCAACACCAAUCCAUUCUCCUGGUCUACAUGCAGCAGAGAUUAUAUCACCAGCUUUUUGGAUUCUGGGCGUGGAACUUGCCUGGAUAAUGAACCACCAAAACGUGAUUUUCUUUACCCAACAAUAGCACCAGGACAGGUGUAUGAUGCUGAUGAACAGUGUCGGUUCCAGUACGGCACCACAUCGCGACAGUGUAAAUAUGGGGAAGUGUGCAGAGAGCUCUGGUGCCUCAGUAAGAGCAAUCGAUGUGUAACCAACAGCAUCCCUGCAGCUGAAGGUACUCUAUGCCAGACAGGAACUAUUGAAAAAGGGUGGUGUUAUCAAGGCGAAUGUGUACCUUUUGGUACUUGGCCUCAGAGUAUAGAUGGGGGCUGGGGACCAUGGUCCAUAUGGGGAGAAUGCAGUAGAACAUGUGGGGGAGGAGUCUCCUCAUCUCUGAGGCACUGUGACAGUCCAGCGCCUUCUGGUGGAGGGAAGUACUGCCUUGGAGAAAGAAAACGUUAUCGCUCCUGUAACACUGAUCCAUGUCCAAUUGGAUCACGAGACUUUCGUGAAAAGCAGUGUGCAGACUUUGAUAACUUACCUUUCCGUGGAAAGUAUUACAACUGGAAGCCAUACACUGGAGGUGGUGUUAAGCCAUGUGCUUUAAACUGCUUGGCGGAAGGAUAUAACUUUUACACUGAACGGUCUCCUGCAGUUAUUGAUGGAACUCGCUGUCAUGCAGACUCACUGGACAUCUGUAUCAAUGGAGAAUGCAAGCAUGUAGGCUGCGAUCACAUUUUGGGCUCUGAUGCAAAAGAAGACAGAUGUCGUGUUUGUGGGGGUGAUGGAAGCACUUGUGAAGCAACAGAAGGUUUAUUCAAUGAUUCCCUGCCUCGUGGAGGGUACAUGGAAGUAGUUCAGAUUCCAAGAGGAUCGGUCCAUAUUGAAAUACAGGAACUGGCAAUGUCAAAAAACUAUAUUGCUUUGAAAUCUGAAGGUGAUGAAUAUUACAUAAACGGUGCCUGGACUAUUGACUGGCCGAGAAAAUUUGACGUUGCUGGCACAGCUUUCCAUUAUAGGCGACCUGCAGACGAGCCAGAGUCUUUGGAGGCAUUAGGGCCCACCACAGAAAAUUUAGUUGUCAUGGUGCUUCUACAAGAACCAAACCAGGGGAUUCGGUACAAGUUUAACGUUCCAAUCAUUCGUUCUGGUAGUGGUGAUACAGAAGUGGGAUUUGCAUGGCAUCAUCUGCCAUGGUCAGAAUGCUCAGCCACCUGUGCUGGAGGUGCACAGAAACAAGAAGUAGUUUGUAAAAGAUUAGAUGACAAUUCCAUUGUCCAGAAUAGUUACUGUGACCCUGACAGUAAGCCACCAGAAACUCAGAGAGCUUGCAACACAGAGCCGUGUCCACCAGAAUGGUUUAUUGGAGAUUGGUCAGAAUGCAGCAAAACAUGUGAUGGUGGAAUGCGUAUACGAACUGUAUUGUGCAUUAGGAAAAUUGGACCUUCUGAGGAAGAAACUCUAGAUGACAGCCACUGUCUCACGCACAGGCCUAUUGAGAAAGAGCCCUGUAACAAUCAGUCCUGUCCUCCACAGUGGGUUGCGCUGGAUUGGUCCGAGUGUACUCCAAAAUGUGGCCCAGGGUUUAAGCAUCGAAUUGUUUUAUGUAAGAGCAGCGACCUGAGCAAGACUUUCCCACCCUCCCAUUGCUCUAAUGAAAGCAAACCUCCAGCCCGGAUUCGCUGCAGCCUUGGGCGAUGCCCACCUCCUCGAUGGGUCACCGGAGAAUGGGGCCUGUGUUCUGCACAGUGUGGUCUUGGCCAGCAGAUGAGGACAGUUCAAUGUCUUUCAUAUACCGGCCAGCCAUCCACUGAGUGUCCUGAAACACUUCGACCACCCUCAAUGCAACAGUGUGAGAGUAAAUGUGAUGCUACUCCUAUCACCAAUGCAGAAGAAUGCAAAGAUGUGAACAAAGUGGCUUACUGCCCACUGGUGCUGAAGUUCAAGUUCUGCAGCAGGGCGUACUUUAGACAGAUGUGCUGUAAGACCUGCCAAGGACACUGA